CUACGCAGGAAAGCAAAGGCAAGGGUCAGAAGCGCCGCAGCUGCCUUCGGUGGCCAAGCAACAGCACGGGACCAAAGGAGAAAACCAGGAGUAGGAGCCCGACACAGCCAAGCAAGAGUGUUGCGGUAGUCCCUACCAAGAGUGGCAGACGCAGCAGCAGCCCUGCGCAAAGCGAAAAGGAUAGUCAGCAAGGCAGUCGUAAGCAAGGCAGCUCAGCUGAGGCAGAUGCAGCAACAGCAGCAGCGCGGGCAGAGCAGAGCAGCGGAGCAGAGAGGGGCAGGAGCCCUGUUCAAGAGAGCAAAAGAGCGGAGACUGACAAGGCGGCGCUCAGCAGAAAGACUAAGGCAGCUGAGCAAGCAGAGGACUAUGACAGCCAACCCUUGGAGCAGUGUGAGGACUUGGUUGGAGAGGAAGAGGAAAAUUCAGAAGAAGCAGAGGAUGGAGAGGAAGAGGCGCAGGAGGUAGACUGCGAAUGCGAAGUGGAGGAUGAAGCCGCAGAAGAUCCAGAGGAAGAGGAGGAAGCAGAAGCGCUUGGAGGGCAAGAUGAUGAGGAAAGCAGCAGCGACUUCGAAGUAGCAGAGCCUGCGCAGAAGCCAAACCGUGCGCCAAAGCCUGGCGCGCAGAGCCUCGCAGUGGUGGUCGCCAAAGCUAACACUGACGUAAAGAAAGUCAGGAAUAGCAGCACAAACAAGGCAGAGUGGGAGGCGUUUAGCCGCGCCGUUGCAAACCGCAAGUCGUUUCCAACACAGCUAGCGCAACACGCUACCAAGAACAAGGUUGACCUCUUCAACGCUUGGCUUGACGCUGACCGAUGCUGGAACCAGACCCAGCUCAUCGUAGAGCGCAAGCGGAGCGUCAACAACAUGUCCUCCUCUGGUUGGAUUGCUUGCCAGGGCAAAACCCUCCGCCCGCAUUACCCUGGUGACAAGUUUGACCAGUUGGUUCAAAAGCGGAAGUCUGCCGGUCUUUGGUAUGACGAUGCGGAUUUCCCAGGGGAUGUGGACGAGCAGUGGUUCUACAUGCGGGCAGGGCGUGAGGUGAAGCGCACGGACGCGACAGUGGACGAAGCCACAAUGAGUGGCAAGGCGGACCUUGACAGCGCCAUGGUGAAAGCUUUGACAGACGAGGACGAUGGGCUCAUGGCAGCUGGCGCUUUGCCAGCCGUGCACGCGCAGGGCGGGCAGAAAGACAUGCUGGAAGCCUUGCAGGCCCCGGGCGAGACGGUUGCAGUAGCGAAGAAAAAGCCCAAGCCAAAGGCGGAGAGCGGCGGUUCGGAGUUGGCGAAGCCCAAGUCGCCACAAGAGCUUGCGGCAGCUCGCCUGGCUGACUUGCUGGUAGAGUCUACAUCUGCCCGCAAGAAGAGCAUGACGCUGGGAGCUACAGAGUUUGCAGGAGAGCUAGCUGCCCAACUCCUUAACCACGCGGAGACGCUUGAGAAGACCUACAAGGAGCUUCAGGCAGCUUUGGCCACCAACAACACGGACAAGGGCUUCUACACAAAGGUUUGCCGAACCUUAGACGAGAAGUGCGCGUGGUUUGUUACUGCGGAGGCGGCAGCUGAUUCGAUACUUGCUGGGCUGAAGCGUGCGGAGAAGAAGCGAAACAAGGACAAAGACGACAACGAAAAGGAGCCGCCUGCAAAGCGUACGAGCCGAGGCUAG